AUGAAUGACGCAAGGCGAGCCGGCUUCGAUAGAAAAUAGGUCCGUGUCCGUGUGAGAUUGUCAAAGUGUUGCCGGACGGGACGGCUGGCAAGUAUUCGGCACAGAAUUCGUAUUCGGUUAUGCUAAUCAAGUCGGCAGAGAGUCGCGCGUAGGACCGGCAUUGCCGCCAGUGUUUGGGAAGCACCGCUGUAGGAGGGUACGAUUGUGGUGUUUCGGUCGGUGUUUAUCGCGCAGGCAGCGGAGAAAGUGAUCUGUUCUCUGUUCAGUUCACUCCGCUCGCUGGUCACCCCAGACACUUUCGUCUUUCUCGGCUGUCUGUUGUUUGUUGCGUUCGUCCGCGAUUCGAAGUGUCUGUGCCCCGUCUACGACUGACUGCCAUUGUUUACAGAUGUCUCCUGUAUUGCUGCUGUGAUAUUAAUGUCUCGAUAUCCAUCGCUGUCGCUUCGUUCUACCCACCGCUUCUUCGUGCGAUACCCUAAUGCGAUGUUAUCACACAAACGAUCAGACGGUCGGUGAAUAUUCCUGCCGAUGUAAUCACUAAAGGACAUUCCUCCGCAUCACGUAGUCAACUCGACACAUCACAUUCAAAGGCUGACGUAGCAACUAGUAACAAUGACGACCGAAGAAGAGCAUUUAGAAAAUCACAGGAUGUUGGAGAAAUCCAGCAACAACAACGAAUUACCUGAAGAACGAACAAUACUCACUCAACCUACGCGUGACUUUCAACACAAAACAGAGUGCAAUAGAAACCUUAGAGACGAUGAGAGUGAACCACAGUGCGGUAUAGGUCCCUGUACCUCAAACUGGCUGCAGAGGUUUGCUUCGAAGCAAGCAUUCCUGUUUGUGUUUUGCAUCGCUUGGGUGCUUCAGGGCAUGUACCACACGUAUUUCGUUAGUGCAAUAACCACCAUAGAAAAACUGUUUCAAAUUCAGUCGAAGGUAACCGGUAUUAUCAUGAGUGCCACCGAAAUCGGACAAAUAGGAUCUUCUUUACUAUUAACUUAUUACGGGGGACACGGCCAUAGACCAAAAUGGAUCGCGUUUGGGAUGAUCCUUUUCGCUGUAUCAUCUUUGACGUGCUCCUUACCUCAUUUCAUAUACGGAAUCGAAGAAAAUGAAAUCAGUGGGAUAGCUAAUGACCCAAAUGUCUGCAAAAUCAACAACGGAAGCGAUACCUCAUUUUUGUUGAAUGAUGCCGUGGAUAUUACUAGCCAAGGGACGUCGAAGACUAAUAUUGUUCUCGCGAUAUUCUUCAUCAGUUUGCUUGGGGUGGGAAUGGGACAGACUGCAGUCUACACCUUGGGUAUUCCCUAUAUAGACGAUAAUGUUGCCAGCAAGGAGUCACCAAUUUAUUUUGCUAUAACCAUUGGCGUGAGGAUUGUGGGUCCAGCCCUUGGCUUCAUAGUGGGUUCACUAUGUACCAGCGUUUACGCAGAUCUGUCGGUUGAUCCAAAAAUUGAUUCGACUGAUCCAAGAUGGGUGGGGGCAUGGUGGCUUGGUCUGGUUGUUAUCGCUGGAUUGCUGAUGUUAGCAUCCCUGGCUAUGUUCAUGUUUCCCAAACGACUUCCAGGCUCAAAUCAGCAGCCAAGAGUACAUGAUCCAGAUAAAAAACAUCCAAGCAUCAGAGAUUUCCCCAAAACUGUAAAAAGACUUCUCAAGAACGAUAUUCUCAUGUAUCGAACUGCCAGUACUGUCCUUCAUAUUCUCCCAAUAGCUGGAUUGUAUACGUUUUUACCGAAAUAUCUUGAAACACAGUUUCGUCUGCCGACACCCUCAGCCAAUAUGAUAUCAGGCCUCGGUGGAAUUUUGGUGAUGGGAUUGGGAAUAAUUAUAAGUGGAGUAUUUAUUUUGAGGGUCAAACCGAACGCCAGAUUUGUUGCAGCUUGGAUUGCUCUUACAGCCGUUAUCUACGCUAUAGGAAUGGGGAUACUGAUGUUCAUAGGUUGUCCUUCCAAUGAUUUAGCUGGUCUCAAGGACAAUGCAUUCGACGUCUCCCAACUAAACUGCAACGAGGACAUUUGCGACUGCGAAAAAUACCAGUUUUCUCCAAUCUGUGGCGAAGACGGUAAAACGUAUCUAUCGCCCUGCCAUGCGGGCUGUAAGAAUUAUACGGAAAAAGACGGGAAAAUAGUACACUACUCGGAUUGCGUGUGCUUGGACCCAUCAAACACGACGCUCUUCAACAAUUCGAUGUACGGCAACGCCACGUUGGGGUACUGCGACCUCCAGUGUGACAGUUUUGUACUGUACAUAAUAUUGUUCUCGUUCUUUGUUUUCGUUCAUUCCACGUCAGAAGUGGGAUCGAUGCUGCUCAUUUUGAGGUGCGUUGACCCCAAAGAUAAAGCCAUGGCGCUGGGAUUGAUACAGUUCGCGAUAGGACUUUUUGGCAACGUUCCUUGUCCUAUAAUUUACGGCGCAGUUGUCGACUCCGCCUGCCUGGUAUGGAAAAUGGCCUCCGGUGAGACCGGAGCAUGCGGCCUCUACAAUUCCGACAUGUUCAGGAUGUUUUUCCAUGGUACAACGGGUGCCAUAAUGUUGAUGGCAUUUUUCGUGGACGUUAUUGUUUGGUAUAAAGCUGGUAGCAUCAACUUCGCCGAUGAGCAAGGGCUAUUUGAGGAAGAACUGCACACGAUUACCGAGAAAAAAAAAUCCGAACCGGAAUAACAAAAGUCCAAGGUGGAAGCUCCACCAAGAUUCUGAAAAAAUAGCUUUUCAUGUCUAUGUUGUAUAUCAAAACUACUAUUGAAUUGUUUAUGUGCUUCGCCACAAUUUCAGCCUGACCCAACAUAGAACAUACUCCUUCCACUGGUAUAUACUCAUCACAAUUAGCAUUUUUACAAGUUUUUCUAAAAAAAACAAAAAAACGUUGGUGAGUGGUUCGAAAUUCUGGGGAGAUAUUGUGUUUGAAACACUAGAAAUGUCGAUAAUGAUAGAGGUCUUUUUUCGCACAAAUAAGUCGUCACAAUUUUAGAAUCACAAUUGGGACAAUAAACUGAAUUGAACUGAAAAAAACUGACGGAUGCGGAUGAGGCCAUUUUAUGCGAAAUGACACGUCUCUACGAAUGUUCUUAAGAAACACCCUGUGCAUCAAAUGCGGAAUUGAUUUUGCGAUAAAUAAUUCUUCCGGCUCGCGAUAGUGUCUGAAAAUUUUUCAAUUAGAAUUGCGGACUUUCGACUCUUAAAAAGACACCUUCUUUUCACGCUCGCAGAAUUGUAGAAUAAAAUACUUUCAUUACAUUAAAAUAACAGUUUCUGGCGUCAUAUUGUUGACAACAUCUUGCUAAAUUUUGACAAUUUCACUUGAAAGAACGUGCGUUAGUAAAGGCUAUGACUUCAACCCUUGCACAGAGGCCAUCUGUGAGAUCCACAGAAGACUCAACCCACGUUAAUCAAGAGUAAACGAGGCUCUCUAAGGCGGUCAUCUGCGAAGCCAAGCUUCGACUUAGACUGCCGAAGGGGAAUCGUCCUCUGCCUUCCACUGUAAGAAAGCAAUCCAAACACAACGCAUUCAUGAUUCAACAACGAACAGCGCUGUUUCGACCCGCGAUAGAUCUCAUCAGUGAUGCUAGGCCGAACCACAUAUGCAUUCCACCAUGCCCCUUCAAGCGUUGAGUGCCCUGAGAUAGAAUCUUCCCCACACCGUUUCUGUGUGCAGAAGCUAAAAUCUCAUCCGUUCACACCCACCCAAUUCCAAGUGGUCCUCAAUCUGCUGCUUAGCACUUCAGCAAUAUUAAAAUUUGAUCUGGGUGCUAAGAUCCAGGUUCCGGUAGAUCAGUAUAUGAGCUAUGCCGUUUCUGGUCCAAAAUCCCACGCUUUUUAUUAUGGCGCUUCAUUUUGCAAACUUUCAAACCUCCGAGCGGAACCUGGUGGAACACCCAGCUUAAUUCAUGAUACAGAGUGGCGUCAUGUAUAGAGCGCCCUUCACUUGGGUCUCAUUUGGGCUUCGCCCCCUCCACUCGGCAGUGGUCAUCGGCAGCUGAGAAUUCCAUGGGGAAAUUAAAUUUAAAAAAAGAUUAUGAGAAUUUUCGUCAUCGUCGGCAUGGUAGGUUUUGUCCUUAACCUCGACACCAGCGUGAGAUGCUGGAGGUUUUUCUGAACUAAUGAUAGUGAUGGCGGAGCGGAGUGCGCUCUAUACAUGACGUCACUCUGUACUAUAAAGUAGGUUGGGUGUUCCAAAAGGUUCCGCUCGUAGAUCUCAAAUUUCGCAAAAGGGAGCACUAUAAGAAACGGCAUAGCUCGUAUACUUAGAUGAAUCGUUUGGGUAAUAUCUGGGAGCUGUUUUAGCCGCUCUCAAGCAGGUGUUCAUGAACGAUUGGAGUUGCUGUACGUAUGUUUCUGCGCACUGGCUCCAGGUAGUGAAAGCAUACAGGAUGAUAGGGAGUAGAAUGGUCUUGAUUAGGAACAGUUGAAUAUCGACGUUACUCCUGCGUACGAUGAUGGGAUAGAGGUUGUGUCGAGCGGCCUUUGCCAGCCCUAACCUCUUUUAGAUAUGAGACCUGAAUAUUAUUUUCCCGUCGUGGGUGACUUCCAGGUAUCUUGCUUCGUUUGUCCACGGAAUCUCAUGUCCGUUGAAGACAACGUUUCCUUCCGGAUGUACCUCCCUCCAGGUGAGUAGUAUCGCCAGACUAUUGCCAGGGUUGAUACUAAUGUUCCAGAGGUUGGCCCAAUCCCUUUAGCCUGGCCGCUUGUUGAUGCAGGUAACCUGUAACUAACGCCUGGUUGGUGAAUUUUGCCAGUAGAGCUGUGUCAAUCGCGUAGAGUGCCAACUUAUCGAAGUUGUUCUCCGGCUUAGGCACGUCCGCUAGAACUACACCUUGUGCCUGCCUCCAGAAGUCGCCAGGUGGAGAGUUCUUGUCCUGGACGAAUCUUGUUCGGUAGUCGAAAUUUUAAAUGAAAAACUGCAGAAACCACAAACAUAUGGAAUCAAUUGUGGAAUGCACUUUCCAAAUAACGAAAGAGAAGUUGGUAUUACCUAUCUUUUCGUGGCAUUUAUUUCUAGUUCAAUUUCGUAGCACUCAACAAAACCAACGAAGUAGUCCCUUGUAAAGGAUCAAUUAGUUUCAUAAACAAUUGUGAUUAUAUUACAAGUUUGCAAAAAACAGAGACAAUUUUGAGUAAAUUUAACGUUUUUCAUUAAAAAAAUGGAAAUAGCAAGUGAUCGUGAAAAUAAUGUGUCAUUUUACAAGUUGUUACCGAAGUGAGUUUCAGAAAUAGUAAAUUUUUCUAUUCCUCGUAUCUACAAAAGCAGAUCUGAGAGCCAAGUUUUGUCUUCAAAAAAUAAGUCUUAUUUAAAAUUUAUCAAAAACUAGCUCGAGCCGAAAAAAACGAAUAUUUAGCCAUUUUCUACGACUAUUACUUGUUUCAUGUCAUCCGUUGAAACCACAAUCUGUGUUCUUGUUGAACGUGAAUAUUCAGAAUUCUGACCACACGUAUCAUAACAAAUUAUAAUUCGAAUUCUAUUAUCCUAAAUAAUUUCGUUACAGCAGGAACUACUUUUUUGUACUGAAUAUCAAAGUGUAGCUUUCAAGGAUUAACGUUCUAAAUUUAUAAAUAAUUAUAAUGUUGUUUACUCAGAAAACAACUCAUGCAGAUUUACGUUGAAUUUUUUUAAAAAUACAAUUUGGCAAGACGAACGAGAUUGAAAUCUGGCGGUGACCUGAAUGACGCCGCGAAAACAAAGAUUUGACCAUAACCGUAGAGUGAGGAUUUCGAGUAUAUAUUCAGCUUUAAUUAGAAAUUCAAAGUGAGCGCUUGUACUGGGUGGAAAUCGAUGGAAGGCUUCAGUAAUGUUGACCCCGGGAACUGAACGCCAUCUUGAAAUAAUUCAAGUUUCCGCCUCAGUGUAACUUCUUGUAAUUUCGAUAUUUUUUCUAGAAAUUUUCUUCGGUUUCCAAUUCUUUUUAUCUAACGAAUGCAAAUAUUACGUAAAAUGAAAUUAUUCUCUGUUAAAAUUGUUGAUAUAAUGAUAUCAAUUGUUCUUUUUCGAGAUUUUUUCCUCAUAAAAUUAUUAAGCCCUUUCAAAAUGAAACCCUCCUGUAUAUCAUUCUACAUAUCUAGUGUAUGUUGCAAAAAGCAAUAUAGUUAAAUCGGGUCAACAAGAUAAGGGGAUUAUUAUCUUCAAAUAAAAUGAGUUCAUUGAUCUCAAGAAAUAUAUUGAGAAAUAUGAUGGUUUUCGUAGAAUGACAAAUCAUUUUAUCUAAUUUCGGUUAGCCAGGAAAACAAUUCACACUGAAUAUGGUGCAGAUGCAGAAUCGGAGUGUACACACGCCAAAUUUUAACGUCAUAGAAAUAGUGUUUUUUUAUUUUGAAUCGUAUCACUGCUUGAAAUGAUUAAUGGAAACUGAGAAAAAUCGAAGAAGAAGAUUACCAUGAUGUGUGUCAAUUGCGGCCAAGCAAAAACUCCCACUUGUAUGAUACAUCAUUGGCAAGUUUAAAAAAAAUGUUUUUCACUAAUACUAAAUUUUGAAUUGUUAUUGCAGAAAAUACUCAGAAAGCUUAGCUUUUUCUUCUAGCAGUCCAUCUUUAUGGUUGCCGUCGAGAUUAAUUUGAUUUUCUAGUUGAUUCACAACCUAUAGUUGUGUAUGAAAAAAAGUACAUUCAUCAACGGAUAAAUGUAAUGCAAAAUUUUAUUCUUCUGUUAGGGUUAUCAUUAUCUAUUUGCUACACUUGUGGGGUAGCCCUUUUUUUUUCUUUACACGACAUACGUAUAUGCGUUCGUAACUAAUCUUUUUCUGUAUGACAGUUUUCUUCUGAAACAAUUAUCCUGUAUAUAUGUAGUUAAAUCGUUUUUCCAUUCAGAGAUCAUUGACGCAAAAAAAAACUCUAAUGAACUCCAGCAAUGAAAAUAAAUAGAAAAAGUGUAGUAACUUGAAUGAUCCCACAAUAUUUAUAACUGUCGAAUUUCACAUUUGCUCUUGAGUAGAUUCAUUUUAGCUCGAGCUCGCAUACAAAUUUUAGCUCGUAUACAAAAAUGUCUCUAUAAUAUAACCAUAAGUAUUUCAUAUUCAAUAUUUCAUCCUGAUGGCUUUGAAAUAGAAAUCAAUUCACUCCGUUUUCAAAAAAGUCAUCUUCUAGUUUUUGUUUGUAAAGUAAACAUAAUUUCAGACAAACGUUUUGUUAAAUCAUGAAUAAAAAUGUAUUUUCUUGAAUAUUUCAGUAUGAAUAUGAAUUUUACAAAGCAUUUUCUAAAUAAAUAUCCCAAUAACACUAAUGAAUACUCAUAAUUUCAUUACAAGUCUUUAGAUAUCUACUAAGCAACGUGCUUUUGACAAUUGAAGUGAAAUUAUGCCGUAAUUAUGAGUGCCAUUAUUUACACUGAUAACAUUCACGAAUCAAAUAAUAUUCUCUAUAAAAAUAUUGUUUUCCCGUGUCCACGUGACGCCACUGACGUUUCGAGGAUUGCUCUACUAGACCCGAGAUAAAAAUAAUCUAGCAAAUGCAUUUUUAGAGAGUAUUGACUCCUCGAAUUGAGUACAUGGAAAAGGCGACGGUAAAUAAGUCUGUUGCUUUCAUUGUUGCUAGUUCUCCAUUAGAUGAUAUGGAUGAUUACCAAUCGCAAUGAGGACUUGAAAAAUAUUGAACUCACCAGCAACGGCAAUCGACAUAUUAUUUUCUUAAAUUGAAUCGAUUACAGGCUUGCUUUAAACUAUGCGGGCACAAGUAUAAUACAGACGAAGAAAAUGAUCAAUAAUUUACAUUGAAAUAAUCAAUCGUUUAUAACGCAGAUGUAUUUGGUUACUAUAAUGCACAGGGUGGUUCACAUAACCUAGAAAUUCUAUGUAAUUCUCGGGUUAGAUUUGUUUAUUCAAUGUGUUUUGGAAGACUGUACACGCAUAUGACUCCGCCUUCAGUGUUCUACUACAAUUAGAAUGCAGUUGUUAGUUUCAUUACUUCAACCCUUCAAUUCUUAUCGAAGAUUUUGAUCGUCAAAAUGUAUUUUCCUGAUUAAUUAAAAGAAAAAAUAUUUCCUGUGGAGGUAAUCAUCAAUAAUUAAAAAAGUGAAAGGUAUAAUCUUGGAGCAGUAAACAGAUCACUGUUUUUUUCUUCAAUUAGUCUAAACUAUCUAUUUUCAAAUUUCUAAACACCUUAUUUCCUUGUUAAUUUACCUACUCGAAUGUUUGAUGAUUUUUUUAACUCAAGUUUCACGGCCUCUAAAGACAAAUUCCUUUUGACGAAUUUAAUUCAAUAUUAUGUAUCUAUUUAACCAAUUCGUACUACUGACCUUGAAGAGGCACUACGUUAGGAAAAAUAAGCCUGGAACAAUAGAUCAAUUUGUACAGGAGCGUAUUCUGUAUAAAUUUUCGAAUAAGAUCAUAUGCCGCCUACUGUUACUGCAGAGUUCAUUGAAAAUUGUAACUAAGAAACUGAAACUCUCUCUGAAAUUCGUUUUGAAAAUUGCUGUAUCUCUAUAUCAAACUCGUUGAUUUGUAGUGAAAGAGAUGCUUUAGUAAUGUUAUAAAAUGAAAAUUUUUUACAGUGUUUAAGAUCAUCACAUAAUUUACCAUCAUUCUCAUUCCCGCAAAAGACAAUUUCAUCGAUAAACAAACACGUAGUUUCCUUAGUUUGGUUUGUUUGUAACUUCUAUAUUAUCUUCAACGAUAUGAUUAGUUUAUAAGUUUUACAAACGAAGACAUCUCGUUUGUUCUAGAGUAUCGAUAGUAUUUACGAUUCAGCACAAAUAAGUCAACUGUCAAUGCCAACUUCACUUCAAAAUAGAAAUAAAUUGUAUUCGACAUUUUUUCAAUUUGGACAGUCUCAUUAUCGAAUGUUAAACUGUGAAAGUUGAGAAGAAAUGUCACAGAUGUAUUUGCUGGGCUUUUGAGAGCCUAGUUUAUUUUUGAUAUUCGUGGUUAAUCCCAUAGACUGCUUCUUCGCAAGAUCUUAUCUAUCAAAGAUCAGGAAUGCAGCCAAUGCUUUUGGAUUCUGGUAUCGACUUGUUUUUCAAUAAUGAUGAAAAUGGACUAGAAUUACCUUCUAAGUGGUCAAGUUCCAAGGAUUUCAAAUUCGUUUCUGAAAUCCAUUCUGAAAUAAAUCUUUUUUGGCAUUCUUCAUUUGACGAAGAUGUCAUUUUUUAUAUGAUUGGCAACAUUGACAAUCUCACUUCAUAUGUUUCAUUUACAAAUUGUUGAAAAUAAGUAUAUUUUACAUAUCUGUUGUGUAAACUAACUAAAACGAGUUUUAAUGGCGUUCUUCAUACGCUAGAUCGUGUGGGUAAUUAUAAUAAUAAUAAUUAUUCCUAAUGACAAAAAAAACAUAAAAGAGUGAAUUUAAAGUAAUUUCAAUGAAUUCACAACGUUAUUUGCUCAAAUUCCAAUAGUUUCUCUAUAGAGAGUGAGUUUUUAAAUCGAAAUAUCGAAAUAAAAUCUUUCACUGUUAACUACUGUCUUCAUUCGAGUUUGAAGGCCUUUUUGCAUUCAUGAGUAAAAUGAGAAAUAGUAUGAUAUAAUUUCGGGUAGUUUUACAAACCAAAAUAUAUAAGAUUGUUCAGUGGUGGAGCUGCAGCAAUUUUAAGACAGGUAUUUGUAUACUUUCUCGAAAUGUUUGUUGGAAAAUGUCAGUUUCUUGGGAAAAGCACCUAAUGUCAAAC